AACCUCUUACAAUUGCUUCAUUCCUUUUGAGACGGGCGCGUCCAGUCUGUUCUGUCAAUCUGCCCGUGUUUUUUGCGAACUUGCGCGUAUGUGUUCAUGCUAGCCGUACGUGCUCCGUACCCAUACGAGAGCACACGAAUACUCGCUGUCAUUCAUUCUGCCCUACAUUUCUGCAUCUCAGUAUCAUACUUUCUUCCACACAGACAUGUUUCUUUUACCUCUCCUUACCUGUUCAUACCUUUCGUUGUCACCAACCAGCCAAUUCACCACAUGUCUGAUUGCCAUGUCCACAGGUACGCCAUCGCGCAUACUCUGAACAGAGAGUACACCGCAAUCAAAUACCUUGGCUGCAACCACAACCACCACAACCUGGCUGAUGUUCGGUUCCUUUUUGUCUUGGCGGGAAACUGGGAGUGGGAAGCUAGUCGGGGAGAUUGGAAAAGAGAAUGUCGUCUCGCACCCGAACUGAGUGAUGAGAGUCUCGUCUCUCAAUCGGUUUCCCCCUCCGCCCCCCCUGCACCAUGUCAUGUCCAUGGCAUGGCCCAUGUCCCAUCCUAAUCCCAAUCCCCCAUACUGCGUAUCCAUCCCGUCCCCAUCCAGUCAACUUGCCUCUCCACCAAAAACCCACGCACACUGUUUCGACCUGCCUAACUCGAAGACAAGCUGUCCUUGAUGGUAGUCUCUCUCUCUCUCUCUCUCUCU